AUGGGCGACAUUAAUAAAGGGAAAAAGGUUUUUGUCCAGAAAUGUUCCCAGUGUCACACAGUGGCAGAGAAGGGAAAGCACAAGACAGGACCAAACCUGUGGGGUCUGUUUGGGAGGAAGACGGGACAGGCACCUGGCUUCAGCUACACACAGGCCAACAUCGAUAAAGGUAUUAUAUGGGAUGAGGAAACUCUGAAUGUGUACCUUACAAACCCAAAGAAGUACAUUCCUGGUACCAAGAUGGUCUUCAGUGGCAUCAAAAAGAAAAAGGAAAGACUGGAUAUUAUAGCCUAUUUAAAGGAUGCAACUUCCUAAUACACUGUCAACACAGAACACACACACAUGCAGCUGUGGACAGAAGCAUUUAGGGGAAAAACAUAGUGUGCUUUUUUUUAAAAAAAAAAAAAAAAAAUCAAAUUCAUUAUUUAAGGAAGUUUUGAAAUGUCUAUCACUACAUUUUGUUACAUUACAGCUUUACUGCUACACUGUUCUUGUGUGUAGGAGACUGUUUUUAAUUAUCACAUGAGUCAGCCUUCGUGCAACUUGUGGGUUUUCCAGAUAUUUCUCAGUUGAGGCUUCUUAAAGAGGCAGCCUUCCUCUGGGAUUUUCUGAAAACAGAGUUGUUUUCCUAAAAAAUAACAACGGCUUGCACAGGAACUGCACGCUUUGCAUUUCUUUCUCUUACUGCACUGCUGAUCACUGUUUUUUCAGGGGGGCGGUUCUAUUAUAUUAUGACUUGCUAGAACUCUUUCUGUUUACAUGCAGUCUUAUUAGUAUUAAAAUUGGUGAAAUUUGUAAAAGUGUUAUCUGUAGUGGUGCUGAAAUGUCUACUUUUCCUUUUUAAAGCCCCAAGUGACUUUUAAUUUUAUAAAGUUGCAACUUAAAAUGAGUGUUUUAUAUGUCUAUGUACUCUAAAUUAAUAUAUGUAUUUAACUAAAGAACAGGGAGGUCAAACAGAUUUGUCAUUUACAGAAACACUGCCAUUUUUUUGUUAAAGUAAUAUUUGCAGUUCUUAUUUGAUCAAAUAAUGUUAAACAGGGGCAAUCCUGCGCACUCACAUUUAUAUUCUAUUCUUUAUCGUGAGUUACUUUUUUAUACUCUGUCAUCACUUUUCUAGACAAUACCUUGACCUUCACUGGAGAGAACGGAUGUGGCAAUAAAAUGUUUCUGCUUCAGUGAA